GAGUCUGUCAUGCUGCUGCCAGGCCCCUAAUCUGCCAUGGGCCCCUAUAUACCCCGCCUCCUCAUGCUGCUGCCAAGUCCAGAGUCUGUCAUGGGUCCCUGUACGGCCUCCCAUUGCUGCUGUCUCCAUCGCCACACUCUCUGCCAUGUGCCACUUUCAGGUCUCCUCACACACUGCUGGUGUGUUAAAUUUUUUGACAUAGGGUGCUGGCAGAUUACGGGCCUCCAUAGCUGCUGCCAGGCCCCUAAUGCCAUGGGCCCCUAUACCGCCUCCUCAUGCUGCUGCCAAGUCCAGAGUCUGUCAUGGGUCCCUGUACGGCCUCCCAUUGCUGCUGUC